CCCUUUAUUUAUAUAUUUGUUUGCGCGCUUCAUAGCAAUUCUCGCCCAAGAAUCCAAAAAGCACACGCGGUCAUUCAGAUUACAGAUUACAGACUACAGAUUUUGGACUUAUUUUUAAACCCAAUUGUAGAAUUGUAACGAUUUUGGAAGGCUCCUUUAAAUUUCCCAAAAUCGAAGAAAUUAAUUACCCAAUCCAAUCCCACCUAUUUUCCCACUUCUGUCCUGGUUCCUCUUGUCUUUUCUCAGACUCCACCUUCUUCAGAAAAAUCAACAAUCUCUCUCUCUCUCUCCUCCGCUUUUCUCUCUCCACUGCUCAGCUAUUAAGGUGAAGAAAAUAAAUUGAUUCUUUCACUUGAUCAAAAAGACAAAAAGGCUAUUCAGCCUUUUCAGAGAGAAGAGGGAGGGUACCGGUUCGCGAAGGCUGUGACCCUUCUGCGAGCUUUGAGUCCUCUCUCCUUCUUGGGAAGAAAAGGGUUAUUGUUGUGCAAAAGGGAGCAUCUGAGACUUGGUUAGCUUCUCCUGUCAAUGAGAUUGGAGAAUUGUUGUGGUGGGUUUUGAGUGAAAAAUCUGAAGCUGGCAUAAUGGGAGCUGUUUGUUGUUGUUUUAGUGUGGAAGAUUUUGAAGAUUAUGUGAAUCCAAACAGUUCUGUAUAUAGGAACUGCAUUUGCCUUAGUUGUUUUCUUCAGAACUUUAUUAAUGUGUAUACAUCACUGUUCCGAAGAAGCGAGGUGCAUUCCCUCCCUUCAUCUAUUCAGGGGGCAGCAUCUUUGAGUUCUACAACAUCACUUGACAACUCUCUAGCUGACAUGUAUCGUUCUCCUCCGAGGCCUUUGCCUUAUGACGCUGACCCGAGAUACUUCCGCUUGCAGCGGGAUGGACUGAUUUCAAGGCGUGAGAAAGGCACGAGUCAUUCACAUGAAGAGUCAGAACCUUUAAGAAGUGAUACUGAUGCAGAUUCAGAAAGUUUGAGUACAGCUGACAAAUGGAAUGAAUCUGUUUGCGAAGAUGGAUCCAAAGAACACCGCUCUAAGUCCUCACUAAAGCUCUCAGUGACUAAAACAACAACUGGCGUUGGUAACAUUUAUACCUCAUCAGAAGAUGAGGAUGUCUGCCCUACAUGUCUUGAAGAAUAUACUCCAGAAAACCCCAAAAUAAUGACGAAAUGCUCUCAUCAUUUUCACCUUGCCUGUAUCUACGAAUGGAUGGAGAGAAGUGAAAGCUGUCCUGUAUGUGGCAAGGUCAUGGAAUUCGAUGAAACGACUUAAUCUUUGACGGAAAAGUUUGCGUCGUGGAUGAGCCUUGCAACAUGGGCAGGAGACAGAAACACUGAAAUAUAUAUAGACAUGUCACUGUGAAUAUCUGAUGUUAAAACAAGUGUGAUGUUAUGGUACAUAUAAACCAUUGUUCUUAUAACGAUAGUUGCAAGUAAUAUUGAUUUCCACAUCUUUCUUUGUUUCUAGUUAUCUUUUGCGCUUUUUAACUUCCAACUAGCCACAGUUUCGCUGGACUAGUAGAAUUGUACAUAGAAAGAUUGCAUUGUGAAUAGACCUUGUUUCAUUGAAAAAGAAAUUCAAGGCUUCCGUUGCUUCA